CGCCGCUUUUAGAUUAUGAAACCCCACUUCACGGAUCACAGGAGAGAACAGUCACCAACCGAGGGGACCACUCUUAGCUUGACCAGCCUUGAAUCCACAGAGGACAGUGUGGAAGUGUGGCCAGGGACCAUAAAGAAAGAAGAGGCACCUCCGCUGCCGGGACCUGCCGCCCCCUGCGAGGAGGACAUCUACCUUGCUGCCAGGGCUCGGGGGAUCCUGGGCUGGAGCAGCUCUCCCUCGUCCGAGUCCUCCUCCGAGUACCGGUCCUACUCGCAGUGCCCGUCCUGCUGCUCCCUCAUGUGCGACGCCGAGAGCGGGGCCCCGCAGAGCGUGUGCGCCUUCUACACCCACGUGCAGACCGUGCGCGGCGUGGCGGUGGCCUGGGAGACCGAGGCCGGCUUCCAGCCGGUCGGCAGGACCCCGCGCAUCCGGGAGGCGCAGUUCAUCAAGAGGCAGCGGCGGAAAGGCUCCUCCUUCGAGAUGGCCUCCGACACGGACCUGCGCUGGGACCUGGAGGCCUGCAAGGGUCCCCGCGGCCCCGAGCCGGACGACGCGGAGCUGCUGGAGUGCUGCCUGCAGGAGCCGCGGGCGCCCCCGGACUGGCUGGUCACCACCGGCUACGGGCUGCGCUGCGUGGCCUGCUGCCGAGUCUUCCCCUCGCUGGACGCUCUGCUGGAGCACGCCCAGCACGGCAUUCGGGAGGGCUUCAGCUGCCAGAUCUUCUUCGAGGAGAUGCUGGAGAGAAGGUGGGCUCGAGGCCAAGCUCAUGACCACCCGGAGGAGGAAGAGGAGGAGGAGGAGGGGGAGAAGGAGGAGAAAGAAGAGAGGGAGCAGAACCCUUCUGACGACAGCGGGUGCUCCCCGACGCACGGCAAGGUGCUUCCCCCGCGGCAGCAGGAGCCGUGAGCUGUUGGGGAGGGGCCCGCCCUGCGCGCCCUACCCGCGCCUCCACAUUUCGCGGGCUUCUCCUCCCCCGCCGGCAGGAUCAGAGGCACGAGGGCAGCGGGAGAGGACAGGGUCGUGGGUGGAAGCGAGUGGCGUGGCGAGCAGCCAGGGCUGGAGACAGGGCGGGAAGGAUCCUUCCCCAAGGGCACAGCAUUUCCACCAGAGUCCAUUUCGGAAACCCAAA